GGGCGAAGCGCAAUCGUCCACAAGAAUUGCGACACCUAAAGUCAGCGCCCGGCCUGAUUCCAUGAAUGACACCACGAUAGCAGAACAAUCAAAAGUUGACCAGGUCAACACCAAAAAGGCUCAGGCUAGUGCAGAGGUACCGCGCACAUCCUCAGUCCUUCGAUCAUCGCUGCAUUUGCCACCAACACAGCUACCAAGCACUCUAAGCAGUGAUGCGCAGAUCAAACUUCACUCAAAACUUCCUGCAGCCAAUCUUUCGAAACAGUCUCUAGCUGCUUCUUCUGCGAGGAGCUCAAGUCCUACAAUAGCGCGUACUGACGUUUCUCCGAGGACAUCGAUUACGCCUCCCGCAGAGACGCCAACAGUGAUUGCUGCGGCGGAACGAACAGACAUCCCUAUCUCGAAGACGCCUACAGCUAUUGUCGCGAAGCCGGCCAUAGAGCGGAAUCCGACGACUUCAAAGCUAACACCUACCCGUGUUUGGUCAGAGCAACAGAACGCUAUUUCGGAACAGACACGCGCGACCGCUCGAUCCCAUUUUGAUGCGUUAAUUGCGUCAUAUUUCCCUGAGGGCGCUGGUGCCAGAUAUUCCCAGCCCGUGGCCGCGAAGGUAGCUGAGGCACCACAAUCACUGCCAUCUGCUACCGAUCAGUCCUACAUACCCAGAGUCACUCCAUCCGACUCACUUGAGAUCAAAAGCCCAAGUCCACUGGCAGUUCUACCCCCCAAGACAGCUCAGGCGCUUCCUACAAACGAUCGAGCCCAGGAGAUCGGAGCUACCAGUGGUGACCUCCAAAAUCACGAAUACGAAUGGAAAAGCCGUCGGAAAGUAACUUCAAGCGAGCUCGAAAACAAUCUCGCAACCGCAAAAGAACCAAGAAGCCUGAAGUCGCCAGCCAAACGGCCCAGAGAAGAAGAGGAGGGUGAUUUACGCUUUGUGCGAUAUACAAACGAAUAUGACGACACUAGCCCAGCCCGUACGAAUCUAUACCUAGAGUCACCGUUAAAAAACACAAGCUUGAAAUUUCUGAGGGAAUCGAGCAACAGACGACGAGAGGUACUCCCAUGGACACUCCCGAAUUGGACUGUCUCAUCCGAGCAUUAUCUACAACAGGUCAAUUGCAGCCAGAUCACGACGUAAUUAUCUCGAUUACGGGCGCACCUACUCGUGAGAGCAUCGUCUCGAAAAUUGCAGAGACUUUCGAAUUCAACCGUUUGGCACCAACCGCUCUUCUUUUCGGAUUUGUACCAGAAACGAAUGUUAUUCUUGCGCUGACAUCAU